GACAACAAAUAAAAUUCUCGAAAUAUUUAAAUUUAUUGUGAAUUAUGUCUGAAAAAGCAUACAAAUCAUGUCUGUCGACUCGGUACGCAUCACAAGAAAUGCAGUAUAUCUUUUCACAACAUUACAAGAUCACAUCAUAUAGAAAAUUAUGGAUUUAUUUAGCGAAAAGUCAAAAGGAACUUGGAUCAAACAUAACAGAUAAGCAAAUAGCUGAAAUGGAGAAAAACGUCGAUAAAAUAGACUAUGAAGACCUAAAAGUUGAAGAAAGCAAGACUAGACAUGAAGUUUAUGCCAAUAUCAAUAUUUUUGCCAAGUUAUGUCCAGCAUCCAAAGGAAUCAUCCAUAGCGGUGCUACUUCUUGUUUUGUGACAGAUAAUACAGAUUUAAUUAUCAUAAAAGAGGGUCUUAAUAUUGUCUUGGCUCGACUUGUAGCUGUUAUAAAGGAAUUAUCAGCAUUUGCCUUAAAUUAUUGUAGCUUACCAACUUUAGGAUUUACACAUCUUCAACCAGCCCAAUUGACAACAGUUGGUAAAAGAGCAACACUUUGGAUCCAUGACUUGAUGAUGGAUGAGAGGAAUUUAAGUACAUGCCUUAAAAACUUGAAGUUUCGUGGCAUUAAAGGAACAACUGGUACUCAAGCUAGCUUCCUUGAUAAGUUUAAUGGGGAUCAUGAUAAAGUCAAGAAACUAGAUAAUUUGGUAACAAUUAUGGCUGGAUUUACAGAAAGUUAUUCAGUCACAGGUCAAACAUAUUCACGAAAAGUUGAUCUUGACGUUAUAUCCGCAUUAUCAUCACUUGGAGCAUCAAUUCAUAAAAUAUGCACAGACUUAAGACUUCUAGCGUCUAUGAAGGAAGUAGAAGAGCCUUUUGAACAGACACAAAUUGGAUCUUCAGCAAUGCCAUACAAAAGAAAUCCAAUGCGGUCUGAAAGAUGCUGUAGUCUUUCUAGACACUUAAUUACACUACAUUCUAAUGCUGCAAAUACUUUUGCUAAUCAAUGGAUGGAAAGGACACUCGAUGACUCAGCAAAUCGUAGAAUUACAAUAUCCGAAAGUUUUCUCACAACUGAUGCAUGCUUAUUGACCUUAUUGAACAUCUCGCAAGGCUUAAUUGUCUAUCCAAAAGUCAUUGAAUCACAUAUCGAACAAGAACUUCCAUUUAUGGCAACUGAAAAUAUUUUAUCAGCUAUGGAAAUGGCAGGAAUUGAUAGACAAGAAUGUCAUGAAAAACUCAGAAUUUUAUCACAUGAAGCAUCAAAUCAAGUUAAGCAGUACGGCAAGAAGAACGAUUUAAUUGAACGAAUAAAACUUGAUUCUUAUUUCAAGCCGAUUAUUAAUCAGUUACAUCUACUUAUGGAUCCUAAAUCGUUCACUGGCAGAGCUGCAAAGCAAGUUGUAGAAUUUUAUGAUGAAGAUAUUAAGCCGCUGCUGAAAAGAUAUCAUGAGCAAUUGAAAAGAACCUCAGUUGCUGUAAAUUUGUCAAUUUGAUUCUAAAUGUUCAUGCCUGCAAUAAAAUCACUUCUAUGUCUGCAUUGAAAUUUUAUUUUUUUAUCAUGCACGAAAAUUUUUUUUAUUAAUUUUUAUGCUUCCCUUUUUUGCAUAUAAAAGAUAUCAACAUAAAACAUAUAAUGGAAGACCUACAUCAUCGCUCAUCAUAGCAUGGUAAAUAAUAA